UGCGCCGCGCCCCAAAGCCAAGUCCGCCAUUGAAGCGCGGAAAUGGCGUCUCACUAAUGUCAUUACCUAGUGGUGGGAUGUUAUGUUAAUCUAAUCUAUUUAAUCUCGGGAACCGGUUUUAUCAGAUCAGGCGGUUCUGAUUUUGGGGUGGUGGUGGGGGUUUGUAUUAUGUGAGAGUAGUCAGCGGUGAGGAUGAGGAUGAGGAUGGGUGUAGUCAGAGUGAGAGUCAGAGUGGGGGUAAGGGUGUAGAUGAUGGGCUUUUAUUGAUUUCUUAUUACUUGAUUCUAUGAUUAUGGUUACAUUGUUGAUUAUGACUAUGGGUAACUAUGCUGACGGUGGUGAUGGCACAGCACAAGGCCGCCAAAAACGAUUCCAAGUACCCAGCAGCCAAGGACGAUGGGUGAAACAGCUCCAGAUGGGCAUUUAUCCUAGACAUCCUAUUGAAGAUGGGGGUGGGUUGACUAUAUCUUUUCUUUUCGACUAUUUACUAUUUAUACUUGUGACACGGCUGAGCUAAUGGAUGCAGGACCCUGGAGAUCGUCGAUGGGAG